AUGAACUUGGCACUUGUUUUCGGCACAAAUGUAGUUCGUAAAGCUUAUCGCUUUCUCUCCAGCUCCAGGAAAUUCUGCAAUGGGAACUUCACUGGUGAUGAUACCGAUAUUCGCUUCCCUGAUUUAGUAGAUUUGGAUUGCGGAUUUGACGAACACGAAAGCAUCGAUAUCAAUCGAGAAGAAAUCUCUGCUCGGAGCAAGUUUUUGGAAAGUGCCAAGCUUAGCGCGUCUCGAGUCCUCGAGACAUUACAUCAAAACGACUCUGGAUUCAAUACGAACUCAGCUUUAGACGAAUUGAACGUUAGUGUCUCAGGGCUUCUCGUGAGGGAGGUGCUCGUAGGGAUCUUAAGGAGCUUGAGUCACGAUAACAAGCCCAGAUGUGCGAAACUAGCUUACAGAUUCUUCGUUUGGUCAGGAGAGCAAGAAUGUUUCAGGCACACUGUGAAUUCUUAUCAUCUCCUUAUGAAGAUAUUUGCAGAGUGUGGAGAGUACAAGGCAAUGUGGAGAUUACUAGACGAGAUGGUUCAAGACGGAUACCCGACGACGGCGAGGACGUUCAAUCUCUUGAUCUGUAGCUGCGGCGAGGCAGGUCUCGCGAAGCAAGCCGUCGUGCAGUUCAUAAAGUCCAAGACUUUCAGUUACAGGCCUUUCAAGCACUCUUACAACGCGAUUCUGAACUCGUUGCUUGGUGUGAAGCAGUAUAAGUUGAUCGAGUGGGUUUAUGAGCAGAUGUUGGAAGACGGGUUUUGGCCAGAUGUGUUAACGUAUAACAUUCUCAUGUGGACGAACUAUAGGUUAGGGAAUAUGGAACGGUUCGAUAGGUUGUUUGAUGAGAUGGGUAGAGAUGGGUUGGCUCCUGAUUUCUACACGUUUAACAUUUUGCUGCAUAUUUUGGGGAAAGGGAACAAACCGCUCGCUGCUCUUACUACGUUGAACCAUAUGAAGGAAGUUGGGAUUGACCCGAGCGUGAUACAUUUCACUACUUUGAUAGACGGUUUGAGCCGUGCGGGGAAUUUGGAGGCUUGCAAGUACUUUUUCGAUGAGAUGGUGAGAGUUGGUUGUACGCCGGAUGUUGUUUGUUACACCGUGAUGAUCACGGGGUAUGUUGUGUCCGGGGAGGUGGAGAAGGCGAAGGAGAUGUUCGAAGAGAUGACUGUGAAAGGGCAAUUGCCGAAUGUUUUCACGUACAACUCCAUGAUUCGAGGGCUGUGUAUGGCGGGAGAGUUUAAAGAGGCGUGUUGGUUGCUGAAGGAGAUGGAGUGUAGAGGGUGUCACCCGAAUUUCGUAGUGUAUAGUACAUUGGUGAGCUGGUUAAGAAAGGCAGGGAAGCUUUCUGAGGCUCGCAAGGUAAUAAGAGAUAUGGUGAAGAAAGGACAUUAUGUUCAUUUAGUUCCAAAGAUGAUGAAAUAUAGGAGAUGUUAG